AUGCCUUACCGACAAAAUGCAGGUGCAUCUGCUGGAAACAAGACCCGACCCGACGAGGCGGAUGGCAAUGGUGGUACGAACCCCAUGCAAUGUCAAUGGCUAGCUGCCUUUCAUCAGCCAAAACUGACAUUGUGCUACGAUGCAGUCGCACUCGACGUUCAUCCACCGACCAAGAAGCAGCCGCCUUCUUCGUUCCCUGCUGGGCCCAUAAUCACAACAACGCCGUCAGCGGCGGCGUCGAACCGCGGCUCUACUGAAAAUGUAGUCACAUCUCGGAGAAGGCAGUCGUCGAUCCCCAGCAUUGCGAAAGCCCCAAUGGGUCCACGCCCCUUGGAUUAUGGUGGUAGUUUGGGCAAAAGGGCGGCCAGCAAUUCGUUAGCUCCUCAGUUUAACUCCUUGCGAGGUGCCUCCGCCGUCGCUUCCCACGAUCCAUACACGAACGAGUUAUCCAUCAACGACAUUUCACGAUUCAGCUUUGCAUCCAUACAAGCCAAACCUCAACUGCAAGACGAACGUGACGGGGCUUUGAAUCUGGGGGACUUUCUCGAGCCCACCUUCAAUUUCGAUGAUUUCCAGGACACCAUUGUUGGCACAGAAGGCCCUAGCCUGAAUCACUUCCCUUUGCCAGGGCGGAGCACCACCGUCAAACCUACUCAGCCGACUGGCGCGCUUGCUGUCGAGCAGAAGCGGCCCGUCACGCAACCGGCCAUUCCCAUACCAUCUCGGAAAGGAUCAGGCGUGUCGUCGGUUACUCGCAAGAGUUCGACAGCCUCCAAUAACUCCAGGGCCUCUGUCAAGUCCGACUCCAUGAGUACAACCGCGACAUCGAUACUUCGCGGCAGAAGGCAAAGCCACUUUCCGCCUAACUCGUUCAACAACGCAACCCCGGCCCCUAAAGCCCCAAGAAAGUCUGUUGGGCCUGGAACCUUUGUCGCCCCAGAUACUUCCGACAAAUCGACUGUGAGGCGGAGACCAAGUGCAGGUGGGAGGAAGGCAACCGCAGAGAGCACAAAGGGUCUGGGAUCGAGAACCUCGGCCGGUGGGGCAGAUGAGAGCGGUGCUGAAGAUACAAAGACAUCCGGCACAACCAGGUCGAGGCCAUCAUUGGCUGCAAAGCGGCAGAACUCGAAAGAUCUGCUCACCCCUUCGAGAACACCGGAUCCGUCAAGGUCGACAUCGACCACAGCACCGCAUACGCCGACAAGGAGAAGCGGAACACCGGGUAGGACAACCACCCCGGGAGCCAAUGCCGAGAAGAACCGUCGCGUGUCUGUCAUGCCCCAUCAUGCGAGCGGACUGGGUGCACGAACAAUCAGCCCAACCGAUGCGCGACGAGUGAAGCGGAUGUCCAUUGUCCCUCCUGCACCACCAUUGCCUCAGAGUCGCAUAUCGCAAGCUCCGCCGACUCCUCAACCAGAGCCGGUCCCGCAACUGCCACACUCCGACCUUCAAUCUCCCGCUAUUCCCAACCGCAAAAGCCUUACCCCGUCCUCCUCGAGGACCACUCCAGAUCCCAACCGCAAAUCAUACAGUUCGGGCCAAUCUUUAUCGUCAAAUACGAGCUACAAUUCUGUGAAGAACACUAUAGUCAACCCUGCGAGGCUCUCUCAGGCGAUCAACUCUUCUCGGCUACCCACUCCUAAGCCUCGCCUCGAUAGCUCCACAAACAGCAACUAUGAGAUGGAAGUCCCGCCAGUACCUGCCAUACCAAAAGCAUACGAGUCUCCUGGAAGCGAACUUGAUCAGCCCUUCUUCUCGGCAAGGUCGUCUGGGUUAACGCCAUUCGAUGGGGCUAUCUCUGCAAGUCCGGUAGUCUCCACGAUAGCGGACGCCAUGAAGACCCUCGAAACUCCACGAGCCCCAAGCGAUGCUUCGCACAAUUCCAACGCUCCACCAGUUCCGACUUUACCAUUGGAGCCAGAGCCAGAGCCGCAGCCACAAAUGCAACUGCUACCACACCCGGGACAGCAACCACAGCAUAAAGCGAGCAAAAAAGCAUUACAGACUCUCAGGCUCCCGCCGUUGAACUUGUUGCCACUGAGCACGCCAACUUCAGCUAAGAUCAGGUCACUUAAUGUUAAGCCGGAAUCUGGAGGCCCACCCACGACGCCUCCUGGCAUGCGAAACAACAUGAAGACACCUAGUACACCUAUGACGGCCUCCAAAGCAAGUUUCUUCUCCAGAGCCAACAAGCCUGCUGAGGAUGCUCCCACGAUGCGAAGUAGUACUUCGCACCAUGCUCUGCGUGCAGAUGAGCUUCGACCUCCGAGCGAGAUCAGUCCCAGCCUUCCAGUAUUCUCAUUCGAAGCAGACAAGUCAAGGACAAUCUCACCAUUCGUGUCUACGUCUGUUCCCAAAAGUAACGACGAGUUCUCCAACUAUAUGCAGCCUAACUUCAUGGCCCAGCUGAACAGGAAUCCAAGCCAGCCUCGACCGAAUGGUCCUCGUGCCCCCAGCUUUUCGGUAACGCCAAAGGCCGAACCUGCACCAGCAGUUCAAAGUCCCGUUGAGAGGCCAGCCGAGAGCGAGUCCGCUUUCUCUACGUCAGCAUUGAGAAAGAAGUUGAGUCGGAAGUGGAGCGAGCCGAAAUUACCUGAGACGACUUCGCAACCAGAGGAUCUGUCCAAAUACGACAACAUGCCACCACCAAAGCUGCCGGCCUCUGCAAGCUGGACAAAUACCCAGACUGGGCCUGCAAGCCCUCACCGUCCGUCAUAUCUCAGGUCAAGGAGACAGGCCUCGACUUCAAGUACAAACACUGUACCACCCCGGCAGGAGAGUUUCGAUAGUGCCGCCUCGGCUGGUCGCCCUUCGUUUGAAUCCGGUAGAACACUAAUGAUACACGGAAGUCGGUCAGAAUCGCUCUCUGCAAGUACACCAAAUCUUGUCAAUCACAGAUCUCCGCCACAACGGCAGCAAGAACCACCUCUUGACGGAGACGAUAUGGUUGCCGAGGAGGAAAUGAAAAAGCUUGCUUCCAAGAGAAAAGACUUCGAGUCAGCUGCCCGAGAACUGGACAGUCUCCGAGCAAGAGCCAAACCAGCCACCCGAAUGUCACAGAGCACUGCGUCACGGAUAUUUGACCUGAACAUCUUUGAGCGGGGUGAAAUUGUUGACUACCCAGAUAUCUUCUUCACCGGGACACUGAACUCUCGUAAGAUUAUCGGCGACCCGGGUUCCACCUCGACCAAUUUCGGCUACGACGACGAGCGUGGUGACUACAACAUUGUCGAAGGAGAUCAUCUGGCCUAUCGCUAUGAGGUAGUCGAUCUUCUCGGCAAGGGUAGCUUUGGUCAAGUCGUACGAUGUGUCGACCACAAGACUGGAAUUCUCGUGGCUGUGAAGAUCAUUCGCAACAAGAAGCGAUUUCAUCAACAAGCUCUCGUGGAAGUCAACAUUCUGCAGAAGCUCAAGGAAUGGGAUCCUCACAAAAAGCACAGCGUGGUCAAUUUUGAUCAGAGCUUUUAUUUCCGAGGCCACCUCUGCAUAUCCACCGAUCUUCUCGGAAUGAACCUUUACGAAUUCAUCAAGGCUCACGACUUCCGAGGGUUUUCCCUCAAACUCAUCCGGCGUUUCACCAAACAGUUGCUGCAAUGUUUAAUUUUGCUACAGCAGCACAAAGUCAUCCAUUGCGAUCUCAAGCCGGAAAACAUUCUGCUGGCGCAUCCUGUGCACUCCGAAAUAAAAGUCAUUGAUUUUGGUUCGAGUUGUUUUGAAAACGAAAAGGUGUACACGUAUAUCCAGUCACGGUUCUAUCGGUCUCCGGAAGUCAUCCUUGGGAUGUCCUAUGGCAUGCCAAUCGACAUGUGGAGCGUUGGCUGCAUCCUAGCUGAGCUUUUCACCGGCUAUCCCGUCUUCCCGGGCGAGAACGAGCAAGAACAGCUUGCUUGCAUUAUGGAGGUCUUUGGCCCUCCGGAGAAGCAUCUGAUUGAGAAAAGCAGCCGAAGGAAGCUUUUCUUCGACUCGAUGGGCAAACCUCGUUUGACAGUAUCGUCUAAGGGCAGGAGAAGGCGACCCAGCAGCAAGGACUUACGCCAGGUCUUGAGAUGCGACGACGAAGCCUUCCUGGAUUUUGUCACCAAGUGUCUCAAAUGGGACCCGACACGACGAAUGACGCCUCAAGACGCGGUGAAACACGAGUUCAUCACCGGGAUCAAGGUGAGCAGCACGAGCAGGAUUAGGAGCGCUACUCAAUCGGCUGUCAACUCGCCCGUGAAAAGAGUCAACUCGGUCACGACCUCCGGUAGUGCCAGGCCGUUGCCCCAGCCACCGUCGACUCUGAAAGCACCAGUUGGAAGCCGGCAAGAGACCUCUCCAAGCAAGCCCGGUGCCAGGCGUCAGUCAAACAUGACGGGACCUUUCGCUGCCACAUCUCAAGCAAAGCGGGCAUCACAUGCAGCGAUGAAUUCCUCAGCAUCCAAUCCCAGUCUAACGCGCCUCACGAUCGGUCAAAGGAGUAUGAGCGGGAGGUCCGACUUGGCUGCAGCGGCGGCUGCUGCCAGUCUGGUCAAGUAG